GCCAUCUUGCCUGGAGCCUGAGAAAGGGAGAAGAGACGGAAGGAACAGGAGACACUGGUCUCAGGGCCGCCCCGGAGGCCUCAAGAGCCAGAGGCAGCCCCGGAGGUGGUCCUCGAUCCUGGGCUAUGCUCUUGGACUCAAGAACGGAAGGCGGAGGGCAGCGGGGGCAAGAUGGGUGGGGAACGUCAAACUGGGACUGCUAGGCGGGGGAGGAGCGUUGCUAUGGUGAUCAGGGAGUGGGUGGGUCAGGUCUGAAUAGCUCCUGUGAGUCACCCGGGCGCUGCCCUGGAAGGGCCGGGCUGGGGUGAUGACCAUGGCUUCCGCGGGCGGAAGUGCCAGAGGAGGAGGAAGCCAGGGAAUGGCCGCGGUGUGGCAGCAAGUCUUAGCAGUGGAUGCGAGAUACAACGCAUACCGCACACCAACGUUUCCACAGUUUCGGACCCAGUAUAUCCGCCGGCGCAGCCAGCUGCUGCGGGAGAAUGCCAAGGCUGGGCACCCCCCAGCACUGCGGCGGCAGUACCUGAGGCUUCGAGGCCAACUGCUGGGCCAGCGUUACGGGCCCCUCUCUGAGCCAGGCAGUGCUCGUGCCUAUAGCAACAGCAUCAUCCGAAGCAGCCGGACCACUCUGGACCGCAUGGAGGACUUUGAGGAUGAUCCUCGAGCCCUGGGGGCCCGUGGGCACCGCCGUUCUGUCAGCCGUGGAUCCUACCAGCUGCAGGCCCAGAUGAACCGUGCAGUCUACGAAGACAGGCCUCCUGGCAGCGUGGUACCCACGUCAGCAGCUGAGGCGAGUCGAGCCAUGGCCGGGGACACGUCGCUGAGUGAGAACUACGCCUUUGCUGGCAUGUACCAUGUUUUUGAUCAGCACGUGGAUGAGGCAGUCCCGAGGGUGCGCUUUGCCAAUGACGACCGGCACCGCCUGGCCUGCUGCUCACUGGAUGGCAGCAUCUCCCUGUGCCAGCUGGUGCCCGCCCCACCCACCGUCCUCCAAGUGCUGCGGGGCCACACCCGGGGCGUCUCCGACUUCGCUUGGUCCCUCUCCAAUGACAUCCUUGUGUCCACCUCACUGGAUGCUACCAUGCGCAUCUGGGCCUCUGAGGACGGCCGCUGCAUCCGGGAGAUCCCUGACCCUGAUAGCGCCGAGCUGCUCUGCUGCACCUUCCAGCCCAUCAACAACAACCUCACUGUGGUGGGGAAUGCCAAGCACAACGUGCACGUCAUGAACAUCUCCACUGGUAAGAAAGUGAAGGGUGGCUCCAGCAAGCUGACGGGCCGUGUCCUGGCUCUGUCUUUCGAUGCCCCUGGCCGGCUGCUCUGGGCAGGCGAUGACCGUGGGAGUGUCUUCUCCUUCCUCUUCGACAUGGCCACAGGGAAGCUGACCAAAGCCAAGCGGCUGGUGGUGCAUGAAGGCAGCCCGGUGACCAGCAUCUCUGCCCGCUCUUGGGUUAGUCGCGAGGCUCGGGACCCCUCGCUGCUCAUCAAUGCUUGCCUCAACAAGCUGCUCCUCUACAGGGUGGUGGAUAACGAGGGGACCCUACAGCUGAAGAGAAGCUUCCCCAUUGAGCAGAGCUCACACCCUGUGCGCAGCAUCUUCUGCCCCCUCAUGUCCUUCCGCCAGGGGGCCUGUGUGGUGACAGGCAGUGAGGACAUGUGUGUGCACUUCUUUGAUGUGGAGCGAGCGGCCAAGGCUGCUGUCAACAAGCUGCAGGGCCACAGUGCACCCGUGCUUGACGUCAGCUUCAACUGUGACGAAAGCCUGCUGGCCUCCAGUGACGCCAGUGGCAUGGUCAUCGUCUGGAGGCGGGAGCAAAAGUAGGGUCAUGCCAGCCCUGUGCUGUCCUGUUCCACCCCCACUCUGCCCCAGCCUUGUGUUGUAAAUAAAGUUCCUGUGGUUGUGCUGAGGCCCAGCUCCCAGGUCAGCCAGGAGGUAGCAUGGGGGAGGGGCCAGCUCCCCGCCCCAGCAGAACAGGUCUUCCACUCGUUCAUCCAGCCAGUGCUUACUGAAUGUCUGCUGUGUCACCGUGGUUACACCACCAGGCUGCUGGUGGGCAGACAGUAUCGAGCACCAGCUGUGUGCCAGGAGCUGUGCUAGGUGCUGGGAACACUGCUGUGACCUAGACUGACAGAAAUCCCUGCCCUCACAGCCAUGCAUCCCAGGGGAGGCAAGGAGGCCAUAGGCAGAAACACAGCCGGUCCCUGACUUACUGUGUUUCAACUUAUGAUUUUUCAACUUUCCAAGGUUUUUACUUUCCAGUGGUGCACAAGUGUACUCAUAUAGCCAGUCUGGUUCCACUUUCAGUACAGUAUCAAUAGUUAGCACUGCAUUAUACCGCAGGCUUUGUGUUGGCUGAGUUGUACUUAGGUUAGGAGUAGUCAGUUCAUUUUAUUUUUUUUGGUACCGGGGAUCGAACUCAGGUCCUUGCACUUGCGGGGCAGGCAGCGGCACCACUGAGCUAAAUCCCCGGCUCGUAGUCAGUUCAUUGUGAUGUAGGACAUUUUCAUUUUCUUUUGGGUGUUGUUUUUUUUUAUUUUUUUUUUUUGAGACAGGGUCUCGCUCUGUAAUUCAGGCUGGCCUUGAACUCACUGUGUAGCCCAGGCUGGCCUCAAAAUCAAGGCAGUCCUCCUGCCUCAGCCUCCAGAGUGCUGGAAUUAUAGACAUGCGCCACCACACCCAGCUUGAUGUAGGAUAUUUUCAACUUAUGAUGGGCUUAUCAGGACAUAGGGCCAUCAUUAAGUCAAGAAGGAUCUAUACAUAAUAAUUCAGCUAAAGCCAGAUGGUGUGAAGGGAGAAAGAGGUGCAAGAGUGGCGCUGGGCUUUCUUGGUGAUGUCAUUAGGGAAGACUUUCCUGAUGGAACAGAGACCUGUAUGAAACAGAGGGAGCCAUAGUGUGUGGGAGGAGAACACUCAGCAGAGAAAGCCCAGCACCAAGGCCAGCAGGUAAUUGUACAGGCCGGAGUGUGGUUGGGGCAGGGCACAGUAGUCCAUGAAGUCAGACAGGCCAGAUGCUACAGGGCUUCGUGGACCACAGUGAGGACUCUGGCCUCUUUCCUGAAUGAGGGAAAAGCCACAGAGUGAUUUUAACCAGAAGAAGGAUGUGGUCUGGCGGCAGUGGAAGAGUCGAGUAAAGAAUAUUUGACUCCGCUCUAGGGUUUUCAAAAGCCAGCUCCUCAUGAGGGCUGAGACUCAGCAGCCCUUGCCUGGUGAGCCCCACGCGUCUGCAAUGGAUUCUUUCUUUCCCACAGCAGGGAGCAGAGGUGUUUUGUUUUUGCUUGUUUGGUUUUUAGUUUUUUGAGAACAGGGUCUUGCUGUGUAGCCCAGUUUGGCCUUGAAUUCACUAUGUGGCCCAGGAUGGGCUCAAACUCACAAUCCUUCUGCCUCAGUCUCCUGAGUGCCAUAAUUACAGGUGUUCACCACUACACCAGGCAGGUGUUGAAUUCUCGGAGCACCCAGCCAGUGUAGGGGCAACCAUGGGUCCUAAGACUGAGCUAGGGGCUCCUGCUGUGAGAUGGAGGCAACAGGAAAUCUUCCAGACCACCCGAUCUCCUCCCAUGCCCACUCAGGUCCCAAAUACAAACCUUGGGACAGCUCAGAGACCAAAAAGUGAGGUUUGAUAUGGAGCCCUGAGCAAGGAGAGACUGCUUGGAUGGAUGCUGACGGGGGUUAAUUACCCAAAUCCUUGUCAGUGGCAGGAGUCACCGGGCAAUGUCAAAGGGGCUCUUGCUCCAGCUGCUCCCCCUCCAGCUCCACAUGUUAGGGCAUACACAUGAAUUUGAACCGUGGCUAACAUCUUGGGACCUCAGGGCAGGCCCACAGAGUCACAAAGAUUCCAGCCUGAUGGCCCAGUGUUACCACAAGAGGUGGGGUGACACCAGCAGCCUGGUUCGAGGAGGAAAAUCAUCUGCUAUUGCCUGAGGGUGCUGUUAUUUGAUGGUAUGGUUACUUGCAGCCUAAAGCAUUUCUGACUGGCACUUCAAUCUGACAGACCUUAGGGUAAGUGCUAUGCAAUAAGGGUAUCCAUGAGCUGGGUUGUUCACGUGAUCAAGGUCACAUAUGUAGCUGCAGGCUCAGUGAUUGGCUAGGAAGACACACAAGACCCAGCAUAUGGUGGUAUUCAUGCCUGUGAUUGGUUACAGCAGAAAGCUCCAGAGCCACGUCAGCAAAGGAAAAUGGUACACUGGGCCAGGUCAGGGGAGACUGGCACAGGUUCCUGAGGGUCCUCUAGCAGUGUGCUCAAUUCCCCAUCACAGGUUAUGACAACACAUAUGACAUGCUGCCAACCAGGGAAGCUCAUCAGAGACUCUACGCCCAGGGUUCUUAUUGCACUGGUCAUGCCUAGCAUAUAACCAGGUUCCCAAGCCUCAGAAGGAAAGCAAGUAUUGCGCAUAAGCCACAGUUUAUCCCUUGUGCAAACAGCUUAGGCAGAGUGAGCCAUUAUUACCCUGGAGAACAGUGGGUACACCCUGAAAUGUCAGUUCCUAGACACCAACCAAGGCCAAGCUCAAAGCCACCUUUUGAGGACAGCUGCUCGGGCCUGCUGUGUGCUGCUCUGCGCAGUUUGCAAGGCCAACCAGGUGCUUGGUUUCAGCCAAGGUCUGUGGACAGCAAGGUAGUUUGGGGGACCUGUUUUCUCUAACUUCUUUUUUUCACUCUUCAUGUCCAUUAUGGAGUCUGGAUUCAGGAUGAUUAGUCAUGAUUAUUAUUGUGCAUGAUUUGGGGGUUUCCUCCUUGUGAAAUUGUUGAGGUGGUGGAGUUGACAUUCUACUUUAAGUUCAUCUUGGUGAUACUUUUCUUGACUUACACCCUAAGGGGAAAUAAAUACUGAGCAAAUAAUAAAGAAUAAAAAAUAAUGUUCUUGGUCAGA